AUGUCUUGGUUAUCAGAUCUAGCUAGUAAAGCUGAGAAUUUUCUGAAUACCUUAGAUCAUUCAGCUGCUGAAGUUCUUAAGUCAAAUGACCAUCAAGCUGUUGAUGAUAAUUAUUAUAACACAAAUAUCUUAAGCAAAUCGCAUGAUCUACAUUCUAAUGUCCAAAUGUCUUCACAUUCAAGAUAUGAUAUGCCAGUGACAAUCAAGCCCCUAGAUAUGUUGGUGGAGGGUAUUACUACUACAGGAUGUCAGUCAUUAUUAUCCUCAGAUGGUGGUGGAGAGAAUUUUUCGUCUGUACAUUUCUCUGCUAGUAGUAAUCAAUCAUCAUCAGAUGCCUUUAAAUACAGCAACAGUAGUACUACACAUUCAGGACAAGGGGAUCAGAAUGAAAUAUCUAGAAAUAAGAUCAAAUCUGUAAAGGAAACAAUCAAUUCUGAACAGAAUUCAUCAGAUGAUUUAGAUCUGUUUGAUUUCUUGAAUAAUACCAAAACUGUCAGUAUACACUCUUCUAGUUCAGGCGGAAGAGAUCCAACAAGAUAUGAUUCUCUGCUAUCGAAUGCUAAUAGAAUUGAAGAGGAUCAAAGUAGUAGUGGUUAUGAAACCUCUUUGUCAACAAAAAAUACCGAUUCCUAUGUAAUCAAGACGGAGAAUGUUGAUGAUGAGUCUUGUACAAAGGUAGCAACAACAACAACAACAACUGCCUUAACUGGAGGUGAGCCAACCAUCAAAAAAUCAAUAACAAUAAACGAAGAGACCGUGAAUAAGCCGUCAAAUAAUCAUCUAUCGAUUGUCAAUGAUCUACGCGUAGAAAAUAAGCUUCUUCGUAGUGAAGUUUCAUCGUUAAGUCAAGAAGUUUCUGGACUGUUACGACGUAAUCAUAAAGCUUCAGAAGAGGUUAAACAAUUAACUGGUCAGGUUGAUCGUCUCAAUAAUCAAUUGAAAGAUUCAGAUACACGUGUUCGUGAAUUACAAAUCAAGCUGAAAGAAACUGAAAUAUCUAAAAAGUCUUAUGAUGAUGACAUCAAUAAUAAAAAUAUCAUUGAACAAUUAGAAAACAAAGUGAAGGCAACAGAAUCUAAGUUAUCCAAUGCACAGAAUGAUUUAAAUCAUUUACAAUCACAAGUAGAAAAGAAUAAAUUGACGAUUAAUACAUUGGAAGCUAAUCUACACGAAUCUCGUCAGCAAACUUUAAUCGCAGAUAAAAGAACUGAAUUAGCUCAAAACGACAAUAUACGUUUAGCACGUGAAUUGACACAAUAUAAAGAAAAAGCGAAUCAUAUUUUAGCUAUGAAAGAACGGGUAAUUGCUUCACUACGUGGUCAAGAUGUGACUUCUGAAGGAUCACAAAAUAUGCUCAGCAGUGAAGAGAAUACAGAAAAUGAAUUGAUUACUUCUUUUCGAGCUGAAUGUGAUCUUUUACGUGAAGAGGCUAGUCGAUGGCGUCUUGAAGUUGAUCAUAGAGAAAUGGCUAUCCAGGAAUUAGAAUUACAAAUGCAAACUGAACGUGAAUCAUUACGACGUAAUAUUGAAUUGUCUGAACAACAAGCAGAACGUGAAAAACAGCUCAGAGAAGAAGCUGAUACACAGUUAGCGCAUUUACGACAAUCCAUUCGUGAAUCCGAAGAGGCAUUCAGUCGUCAAAAAGCUGACCUACACACUAAACUCAUAUCAACUGAAUCAGAAUUGAAUCGAUUAAGACAAUUAGCAUCCUCCGGUGGUGGUGAUUCAUCACGUCAAUCAGUACCCCCCAGUCGAAGUGAUCCAGAAAAUAUACUAACACUUGAAUCGCGUAUAAGACAAUUGACAGAUAAUCUCUUAUCUAAACAAGAUGCCUUGGAUUCAGUCUUAGCACAGAAUCAUGCUUUGAAGAUUCGACUUGAUCGUGUUAUGAAUGACAAUGAGUCGCUUGUCUCAGCUUUAUCCUCUGAUGAUGCCCAGUUGAUCUUAGAAAAUGGUAGACCUUAUCAAUCUGCUGUUGGAUAUGGUUGUACUCGGCUUAAUUUACAUAAUUCACCAAUGCCGAAACAACUGAAAUUAUUGGCUUAUCGGAUAGAUAACUUUGGUAUUCGUAUGGCGAAUACAUUUCGUCGUAUCCCAAUAAUUCGUCUUAUUACGAUAUCCUAUUUAUUAAUACUUCAUAUAUGGAUGCUACUCUCAUUUCUGCUGCCUAUGAAUAAUAACACGACAACUACUACUAGAAAUACUAGUAGUAAGUUACCUGCUGAUCAUAAUUCACCACCAGUUGUCGAUCCAGUUAAUCAGCUUCCUGUUGUGUUAAACAAGCCUUAA